AUGGCCCAAUCCAACAACAAAGACAAUUACCGAGUGGAUUAUCUUCCCAUUGAUUCUCACGGAAUGAUUGGCAACAUGACCACUUGUGCACUGGUAGGCAUUGAAGGAACCAUUGAUUGGUUUUGUUAUCCUCAAUUCAAUUCCGAGAGUAUCUUUGGAAGAAUUUUAGAUUGUCAGAAAGGAGGAUCUUUUGCAAUUCGAGCCCUUAACUAUACCAAAAGUCAACAGCAUUAUUGGCCCGAUACUAACAUUCUCAUCACUCGAUUCAUGUCAAAAAGUGGAAUUGGAGAAUUGACUGAUUUUAUGCCAUUUUCAGAUAAGAAAAAGUUUGCCAAUUUGUUGAUUCGUAAAGUCACGUGUGUUCAUGGAAAGAUGACCUUCCGAUUGUCGUGCUGUCCUGCUUUCAAUUAUGCUCGAGAUACACAUCAGUGUAAAUUGGAGCAAGAUAAAAAGUCUGCUCUCUUCUCUUCACCUCAAUUGAAUGUCAUGUUAAAAUGUGGUGGAAAUGUUGAGUUGAAAGUCAUUCCAGUCUCAUCCUCCUCUUCGUCCUUAUACAAUACAAAUCCUUACAUUGACUCCAUCACAGGUGAUGUCGUAGAGAGUGAAUUCUCUAUUGAAGAAGAUGAAGAAGUAACUUUCAUGGUUGGUUCCGAAGAAGAUUUAUCUCUCAUUACCAGUGAAGACAUGAAUGAGUUGAGCAAUGAUUGGAUGAAUGAAACCUUAGAUUAUUGGCAUAACUGGUUGAAGAAGUGCACCUACAAAGGAAGAUGGAGAGAAACUGUAAGAAGAAGCGCCCUAGCUCUCAAAUUACUCGUCUUUGAGAAAACAGGUGCCAUCUUGGCUGCUCCCUCUACUUCACUUCCAGAAGGUCUUGGAGGAGUGAGAAAUUGGGAUUAUCGAUAUACUUGGAUUCGUGAUGCAUCCUUCACUCUGUACAGUUUCAUGAGAAUUGGAUUCAUGGAAGAAGCUUCUCGAUUUGUUCAAUUCCUAGCUUCGAGAAUUUCAGAAAUGUCUCAACGGCACAAACUCUCAGAUGAGAAAGGUGCUCCUCCCCCACUACAAGUCAUGUAUUCCAUCGAUGGAGAGCAUGAAUUGGAUGAAAUGACUCUGGAUCACUUGUCAGGAUAUAUGAAUUCAAAACCAGUGAGAAUUGGUAAUGGUGCUUACAAUCAAUUGCAAUUGGAUAUCUAUGGUGAAUUGAUGGACUCGAUGUAUAUUUACAACAAGUAUGGAACACCAAUUUCGUAUGACUUUUGGCAACAUUUGAGAUUUAUCACCAAUUGGGUCUGCAACAAUUGGGAUGAAAAAGAUGAGGGUAUUUGGGAAGUGAGAGGAGGACGACAAAACUUUGUCUACAGUCGAGUCAUGUCUUGGGUUUGUCUGGAUCGAGCUCUCAAAAUUGCUCAAUCUCGAUCAUUCCCAGCCGAUACGGAACGAUGGAUUCAAGUACGAAAUGAAAUCUUUGAACAAGUCAUUGAGAAGGGAUACAAUAACGAGUUGCAGAGUUUCACAAGUUUCUAUGGAUCUGAUACGUUGGAUGCCUCCACGCUCAUCAUUCCAUUGGUGAGUUUUUUAUCACCUGCAGACACGUUGGUGGUUUCCACGUUGAAAGCCAUUAAUCGUCCUCCUGAGGAGAAUGGUCUUGUGAGUUCGAGUUUGGUGUAUCGAUAUAUUGUGGAAAAGACAGAUGAUGGAUUUGCUGGAGGUGAGGAAGGUACUUUCAAUUUAUGUACCUUUUGGUUGAUUGAGGCAAUAUCAAGAGCAUGUCGACAUGGAGAAUCUCAAUAUCUGCUUCAAGAAGCAAGAAUGAUGUUCGAACAAAUGCUCACUUAUGGCAAUCACUUGUCUUUGUAUUCAGAAGAGAUGAGUUUCCAUGGAGAAGCUUUAGGAAAUUUCCCACAAGCCUUUACCUUCAUUUCACUCAUCUCUGCUGCUUUCAAUUUGGAUGCAACACUCAACAUUGUCCAAAAGAACUUGGCAUAA